CCUGAUCAACGUUACAUACUGUACUGAAUACAUGUACAACCAUUGUGUAAAAAAUCAGGAAUAGACUUCUACUGAACGUAUGUAGGCCUAUUUUUCACGAUUUAUUUUGUCUACUGCAGAAGAAAAAAUCUUGAAGCAUAAGAAGACUGCUGAUCCUGUGGAUGUUUCCACAACAUUUUCUGCUCCUGGCUGGUGGGAUUCUGGUUCUACUGAGUUUUCCUGCCACCAGUGCCCAGACAUGUAACCCUCAAUGUACAAAUGGCCAGUUUUGUUCAUUCUCCCCUGGAGGGGACAGUCCAUCUGCUACUCCCCCUGGUACCACUAUAUGUCUGGAAUGUGACACUGCAUGUGCCCUCAGCUGCUCUGCUGCGGGACCCGGGUCAUGUGACCAGUGUAAAGCGGAUGGUUACUAUAACGACACUGGAACAUGCAGAGGUUGUAACAAAGCUUGUGCAAGAUGUGAUGGACCUGGUAUAACCCAAUGUAGUAGCUGUCACAAAGGCUACCUGCAUUCUGGAACGGCCUGUGUAGAGUGUACAGAAGGAACAUUUGGUAUCAACUGUACUAAGGUUUGUCACUGCCUGCCUAACACCGGAGGCUGUUCCAAUGUAGAUGGGGCGUGCAGCUUUUUUGAGUGUGGGUGGGGAUACAAGGACCCACCGUUAUGUCAGACAGAGUGUGUGAAUCAGUAUGGGAAGAACUGUAAAUAUGACUGCCAUUGUCCAUUCAAUGAUACGUGUAAUAUCCAGAAUGGUCAGUGUUCCAGUGGCAAGUGUGAGGAGGGUUUCUCUGGCCCCGGCUGUCAAACAGAGUUGCCUCGGUUACGGAUACCACCCGUCAUCAGUGGGAAUGAAUGUGGUAACGUCACAGUCACAUGGCAAGCAUGGCACGAGAGUGUGGACAAUGGACAGGGUCCUAUCUACAAUUACCAAGUCUGGCAUAAGAGUGACAAUAUGUCUGACACUACAUGGUACAGCCUCCUGAAUACAUCUGUCACGGAUACACCCAUCCUUACUAGCUACUCCUACAAUUUUACUGGGCUUGACCCUAAUUCAAAAUACAGGUUCCGUGUGGACACCAUCGGAAAGGACGGGAAAAAGCCAUUCAGUGAAAAAAUCUCUGGAUUCCAAACUGAUUUCUUUUCAGUGAAAUGUGUUGACAAUUCAUCUGCUAAUGAUACUGUUCUCACAACUACAACAAUAAAACCAUUGAUUACUACAAUACAACCAUUGCCAGUGGCAGUUUUCACUGAUUUUGACGUCACAGUAAACAUAUCUGAUAUGUCACUGUAUGUAAACUGGACCCUGCUGACGGACCAGAGCGUAUCCUUCGACAACCUAACAUUGAUGUAUCGUGUGGCCAGGGUACGUGGCUGUGGUCCAGACAUCGUUGACUCUAAGUUUCAAGUAGUCUCUUUAUUGAACAGUACAAAUAGAAGCGUUCCCGCUCUCUUGCCAUGGAGAAAAUAUGAGUACAAAGUGUAUGUUUCAAUUGCUCGUGGCAACUUGACGGAGUCGAGGAUGGAACAGGAAGGGGAAUUCUACACACCUGCCAAAGCUCCGACUGGCUUUGUCCUUGAUUUGCGUGUGACAUCAUCCUCUGCUACUACGGGUUCUUUAGCAUGGAAUAAACCAGAAUGUAACAACAGGAACGGGGUGUUCAAGAAUUACACGAUCUUGGUGAAAAAUUUAAACAAUACUGCAGCUACUGUGUUGAAUUAUACUACUGUCUUGGAGAGUGUCAACCUGCCAAAUCUCAUCUCAUAUACGGUAUACAAUGUGAUGGUUAGUUUUGUGAACGAGGAAGGUGUUGGACCACCUGGAUCUGUGUUCCUGACUACACUAGAAGCUGCUCCGUCAGCACCUGAAAUCACCGGUAUGACCUCUACGGUUUCCAACAUUAUCGUGACCUAUGACCCCCCAGUGACCUCAAAUGGGGUCAUAAGGGAGUACAUGGUUUUCUACAGUAAAAGUGCUACAUUUGUGGAUGAGACAAGAAAGUCUGCUCAACAGGCAACGAGUAUCACCAUUACUGGAUUGAACCCUGCCACACUCUACUACUUCAAGGUACAGGCACGUACAGGUGAGAGUCGAUGGGGAAACUACAGUGAGGUAGGCAAUAAAACCACUCUUCCUGACAAACCUUCAGACUUGGCUCUUCUCACCAUCAAUGACAGGAAUGUAUCAUGUCUGGAGAUAGUGUGGAAACCGCCAACUACACCUAAUGGGGCGAUAACACAAUACAAGAUACAGUACCAGGACAUGAAGAACGAUACGUUGUAUCCUGAAACUAUUCUAAAUGCUGCAGUGUCCUCCUACGUCCUGUGUAACCUUCACCCAGGCAGACGAUACAUGAUAUCAGUUAGUGCUGCAACUUCUGCAGGAUUUGGUGACCCUUCUAUUGUGUUUGGGACCACAGUUAUAGGUCAACCUCCCAUACAUACAGCUCCGUUCUUUGUUAAUGUCACCGACACCCAGAUCACCAUCAUCCUCAACCAAGUGGUCAUUGACACAGGACCUCUGACUGAGUACAGGUUGUAUGUUCAAGACCUGACAGCAAAAAGGGCCGCCCCGGGAGAUUUGGUGGCUAGCUUUCCAUCGGCAGAAAUUACAUCACCACGGCUAUUUGUCGUAGGUGGUGGGGUACCAACGUCCAACAAACCAUUGACUAAAAAUCAUGUGUAUGUUAUAUCACUGGAAAUCGUCAGCUACUUAGAUGAAGUUAGAAAGACUGGCAUAAGUAGCAUGGUACCAAUUCAAACAAAGACAGGCUUGCCUGUCACCGGAGCAGCCACAACUGAUACAUCAAACAAUACACCCGUCAUUGUGGCAGUGGUUGUCAUUAUCCUGUUACUGCUCAUAGCAGCUCUUGUCGUUGGUUUGAUAUUCUGGUACAAGCGCCGUCAGGGCAGAUAUGUCUACCAGCCACAAAGUAACGAAAAAGAGCCAUACAAUCUCAUCCCAAUGCCUGAACAAGACUACUACGAUCCAAUGAAACACUGGAAUACUAUCUACUCCAACCGUGAAAGUCGCUACAUCAUCGCCGGACAGGAACUCCUCCCAGGUGAAACUGAAAUAAUGUCCAACGGAUCAACUUCUGUAAAUGGCGGACCACCGAUAUCGUUUAGUCAGGAGUUCCAUGACCUUCCACAUGGACAGCUGUCUUCAUGGAAUGCAGCUGUAAUGAGCAAAAACGCAAACAAAAAUAGAUUUCCUCAUCUUCUUCCAUAUGAUCACACUAGAGUGGUGCUGAACGCAGAUGAAAACUCCAAUGGAGAUUUUAUAAAUGCAAAUUACAUCCAUGGUUACAAGAAAUCUGAGGAGUAUAUAGCUGCACAGAGCCCUUUUAACGAUGAGACAGUGCUCGAUUUCUGGAGGAUGAUAUUCCAGAAAAAUAUAAAAAUUGUGGUGAUGAUUACGAACACGGUGGAAGACAGUAUUGUCAAGUGCACGCAAUACUGGCCAGAUACAAAUCAGGGCAGAGUUCAUUACGGAUCCUUUGUUCUUGAGAUAAUAGAAACACGGCAGUUUGCAGACUAUGUCAUCAGGACGAUCAAAAUCACAACGCGUCAUAGCUCAUCUCAUAGGUUCAUUCAUCUUUUUGAGUUCUGUUCCUGGCCAGAUCAUGGUGUACCGGCUGAUUCUAUUCCAAUGCUGGAUAUGAGGAACAAGGUGAGGGAUUACCGUGGGAACGAUAGAAGUCCACUCCUUGUCCACUGUGGCACCGGAGUCAGUAGAACUGGUAGCUAUAUAGCAAUAGACGCCCUGCUGGAGCAGUACGAGGCUGAGGGCAGGAUUAGUGUUUUCUCCUUCAUAAGGAAACUGCGCAAGGACAGGGUAGCGUUGGUCAGGACACUGAAACAGUAUGUGUUCAUUUAUGAUGCUAUAUUUGAGGAAAGGGUGGCAGGAAACACAAGGGUCGGGCCUGACUUAAAGUCCAGGUACCAUGAGCUUACACACAAAAAUCCAAAAACAAAACAUUCCUUCUUAAAAGACCAGUUCAUUUGUUUACAGCGAUAUACGCGGAAGGUCACUCCAAAGAAGUGUCAUACUGCUCUCUUGCCGCUCAAUGUAGUGAAAAAUCGCUUCCCAGAUGUUGUCCCUCCGGAUGACUUCCGACCUGUUUUGGAAGCAGCUGCCUUUGGCAGAACAGAUUAUAUUAAUGCUGUGUUUUUAGACAGUCACAGGAGGAAAAACCACUUCAUUGUAACACAGACUCCACUCCACACCACAAUAACUGACUUCUGGAAACUUGUGUAUGAUCUGGACAUCAACACAAUAGUGAUGAUGGAGUCCUACAAACACGAAGAUGAUACCUGUGCAGAAUAUUGGCCAGACCACAGGGCAAAGAAAUUUGAACCUUUCUUCAUUGACAAUACUGAAGACUACCAAAGAGAAAAUGUCACAAUACGUCAUUUCAACGUAACCAGCAUGCAGCAGCCGCGCAGUCCACCACAUAAAGUGCGUCAAUAUCAGUUUAAUGCUUGGGAAGAUCCAGACUUCAUUCCAAAGUCCAAGUCGAUGUUACUUGACCUCAUUGACAUGGUAACAGAUUGGCAGAAGGAGGAGAAUGGGGACCAGACACCCAUUCUAGUGCACUGUAAGGACGGUGCCACACACAGCGGAUUGUUCUGUGCUGUCGUAGCCAUUUGUCAGGCUAUGCAUGAUGACGGAGAUGUAGAUGUGUUCCAUACUAUCAAACACAUGAAGCGACGGAGGGCGCAGAUAAUUGAUAUGCUGGACCAGUACCGGUUCUGUUACCGAGUUCUCUGGGACUACAUGAACUUGAGGAUGGCGGGCGGAACUCUAACAAACAUGAUGAACCACAGCAACAACGACCCCCUGUAUAUCCCUGGCAGCCUGAGUCUGGCCUCCUACACGUCACACCUCGAGUACAUGUGAUGAGUUUCAUGGAGUCUGGCCUCCUACUCGUCACACAUCGAGUACAUGUGACAAGUUUUAUGGAGUCUGGCCUCCUACACGUCACGCCUCGAGUACAUGUGACAAGUUUUAUGGAGUCUGGCUACACGUCACACCUCGAGUACAUGUGAUGGGUUUUAUGUAGUCAAGCCUCCUGCAUGUCACACCUUGAGUAUUAGUGGUCAGUAAAAGAGCAGAAUUUACAAUGUAAUCUUGAUAAACAGCAAUUAUUUCAGCAACAUAUUGGGUUGAUAACGAAUUUGGUGACCCAUUUAAUGAGAAAACAUGUAUUAAGAAUAACAAUGGAGGCAAUGGAUAAAAGUAUGUACAGGUAACAACAAAGGUUUUACUGCCACGAUAGUAAAAAGUUCAAGCUAUACAGUAAGGCCUCAAAAUGUUCUUAUUUUUAAACAGGGCAUUUUUAUGAGCUUAGAGUCAUUUCAAUUUGACCAUAAACGUUUUUUUUAUACUAAAAUCCUGUGAGCAAAUUGUUGUCUUUCGUUUCCAACAACCGAAAUCCGAAAUUUUUGAUACAUGCAAAUGGACUGGCAUUUUGUCCACUGUCUUAUUGUUAACUGCAAUUUGACUUUAAUUUUUGAUUUUAUAGUACUUAGCAGUGCCUUGAUAGCCUACAUAACGGAUGGGGAAAUUAUAAGUUUGUACAUGUUGGCAGUUUUUAACUAUAAAUAUUUUAUGUAUAAAAUACAGUUUGUAACACAGCAGUGUUAAAAAUCUUCCUGGGAUGAAAUCUGUCUUGAACAGCGAGAUAUUAUUGAUUUAAGAGAAUAUAUAUUCUACAUGUGAGGUGUGAAAUUAUUGUGAUAACUUUUGAAAAUAUCACCUGUUGAUCGAUGUAUCACCUUAAGUUGGCAUUACUUGGUUUGUCGCCAGCUUUAUCAUCAAGAUAAGGGUUUCCAAAUGACAACUUUCAAAGGAAGUAAAACGAUCAUAUAUAACUGUGAGGAUAUAUUUUACCCAAGUGACAACCACUUAACCCGAGCUUAAUGAUCAGAGUACUUGAUAUACCUUAAACGAGGAUGCUAAUACAAUACGGUACACACUUUUAUGUACAAAUCUAGCAGCUGAGGUUUUUGAAUUCAUGAUUUCCACUUGCUGCAAAAUGCAUGAAAGUACUAUGGAAUUAAACUUUAAACAAUAGUUAUUGGGAUUUUAAACGCAUUGUCUUCCUAAACACAUGUUAGCAAGCAAUAUAUCUGCAUGUGUAUAAUAACUGGAAAUUUCAGAUAGGAUUUGAUAGUUUAUAAUAUAUUCCUUGAUAGAUGUCAUACAUCGGCAGAUAUGUGCUUGGUCCAUUGAAUAAUUUUAAAGUCACUGGCAUUGUCCAAUUUGCUGUUUUAUAUAAACCGUAAAUAACCUUAAAGAUAAUUUUCAGUAGUAUUUUAUGGUUGUUUAUAAUCAGUGUAAUAACCCAAAUAAUAUCUGCUAUAAAUAUAAUAUAGAUUAUAGAUCUCAUAGUCUUUAGGUCAGUUUUACAACAUAUGCCGUCCAUUAAUGAAAACAUUUCAAUGUUAGAUAGUACUUACUCGUUUUUGUUGAUAUUUCCUGUCUUCUGUACUCAUGAAGUUCUGUAGUGCUGAGAAAACUGUUUUUGAAAAUUUAGGUACAUUGUUGAAUAUUAAGCCUAAUCUACUGUAUUGUUAUCAAUGAAAUUCAAUGUAAGGGUGAUUUUGUUACAGAAAAAAAUAUUCAAUAGGUACUACAAACAAAAUAAAAAGGCAAAACUGUCAUUAUGUACAUUGAAGUAUACCUUGUUUAAAAAAAACUGUUCUAAAAAUAUUAUAUUAAUAAAAACUUAUGGUUGUCCCAUUUUUGGGGAUGUGUAUACAGUAUUUGCAUUAAUUAUGGAUAGAUUGAUGGAUGGAUAGAAUUUUACAUCUUUGUAACAAAAAACCUAUAAUCUUAUACAUAAUCAUGUGAAGAGAAACAGGACAGAAACUAUGAAAAAAUAAAACGAAAAAUCACCUAAAUAUUACAUUUAAUUCAGUUUCUAGAAAUAGUACUUUCAUAGAAGUGUAAAAAAAAAUCUGAAUUAAACAUUUGUGAAUGGAAGCAUGAACAGUUUUAACAAUACAUUAAUAUUACUUGAUCCAUACUCAGUAAAUAAUAUAACAGUUUGUAUGAAAAGCAUUCAUCUUGAUAGGGUAAUUUUUACUAUCACAUACACAUUGUAUUGAUAUUUCACAAAACUUGUAACUUGUUUUUUGAUAGACUUUAAUCUUGCCAAUAAGUGGUGGUUUAUAUUGGCCUGUAUCUGUUAUAUACAUGUAUACUCUUCCUACAGUAUUGACAUCCAGUAUUCAUCCAAUAGCUGUACCUGUGUUUAGAUAUGUAAAACUGUAACUAGUGGUGAUAGGAAACUAUUUGUUUUUAAAUGUUUUAUAGUAGUAUUACUUUUAACAUUUUAUGUUGAUUCCCCACCUUAAUCUUGAGUAUAGUUUUUGUUCGGUUUUUAAUGUUGAUCUAUUCGGAUAUCUGUAGAUUUUCUGUUAUAUUUCGUAAGGUUCACAAUUGUUAUAUGGCUUAUGUACCAUUAAAUAGAAUUGUGAUUAUAUGGUUUACAAAAACCAGUAUCAUUUUAAACAGGUCAAGGCGUUUUUCUGUCUUUGCUUUAGAUCUUUUCUACGUACAUGUAUUUUCAGUCAUAGACAUUAGAUAACCAUUGAUGCAGUCAACUCCCAUACCAAUGAACAUGGAAAAACUUUUUAGUGUCACUUUUGAAACUUUCCUUCAGUUUUAAUCCAUAUAUAGGUUUUAAUCAGUAUUUAUAUAAAUCUAAAUCCAUAUGUCCAUUUCAGUCGAUGUAUAUGCUUUAUCUGACUUACAUGUUGUGUGUAAGUUAAAUGGUGCUGUUUUAAGUCUUCUAGCUAUAUAUAUCUAUAGCUCCUUAUUGAACACUAGUUAUUUUUAUAAUUCAUACUAGUCCACUGAAUGUGAUAUUAUAUAUCUACGGUAGAAUGUGAUAGCACUAUAUAUCUACAUUAUUGUUAAACGGUGACAUACUUGUAUAUAUUUCACUUGAUUUAAAGUAUAUUUAAACAGUAGUUUUAUAAACUAUGCAGGGAGUCAAGCAUGAAUGAUAAAGACCGUUAUGAACAGUAGACAUUGUUGACGUUUAAGAAGUAUUCCCAGCUCACUUUGUACAUGCUAUAAUUGGUCGUAAAGAUGAGGUGUGCCUAUACAAUGUAUAUGACAGAGAAGUCUGUAGUGGAUAACGCAAUUUGUUUAUAGUGUCAAUUUUAAUUGAUAUUUAAUAAACUGAUAACGUCGAUACACGUAUAAAAAGGUUUGUAAUUGUGACUUCAGUUGUGUUUGGUGUUAACUUAAUGUCUUAAUUAAAAAAUUCAUGGUUUCAAAUUAUUAUUUUUUAUUAUUUUAACAGUGGUGUUUGUUAUUAUCUGCAAUGUAAUUUACUUUUAUUCCAAAUAUGAACAGACCAGAUAAUAUAAUUGUUGUAUACAUAGUAAAUAUUGGUUGAGUAUGCUACAUUGCAUGUUCCAUUUGAGGGAUACUUUUUCAAAUCGUUUCGCUUAGAAAAUUGUAUCGCUCACAUUUCGAAAUAUUGAAAACAAAUCUGUCUUUUUGAAUUGAAAAAAAUAUAUCGUUCUGAUACUAGCGAUUCGAUUGUUGUAUCGGGUACGUGCUAUGUCUAAGGCAUACACAUGUUGUUUAGGAACAUUCCAUUAUGUAAGUGAUACAUAAGUAUACAACAUUCUUUGAUAGAGAACACCUCUGUUCUUAUUCCAGAACAUAUCUAUUGACCAGAAUGAAUUAACUGUGAUAUUUAUUUAUGUACCUCCUAGUAAUCCAGUAGAAUUAACAUUUAUAUAUUAAAUUGUAUUUUAUUUGUAACUUCAUUCAUAAUGGUUCACAUUCCAAAGAAAUGUACACUUAUUCUAAAUGUUCAAACCAUUUUCACGGAGUAGAUAAAACAAAGGAUUACAUGUGUUACACAUUUGUAUGAUUAAUUGAUUUAUACUUUUAAGUUGAUAUUAUCAGUUGAAUUAAUCUCGUUUCCAAAUGCAGGUUUGUACACAAUAUUAAUUGAUUAAUUGUUGUUUUUAGUUAGCUUCCCAAUAAUAUCUUUCCUAGGUUACUGGUUAGGUAGAAAGAAAACAGCAUAUAAUCUAUAUUACUGGAUGUCACCUGCUGUAUCAUGUGAUCUAUAUUAUUGGAUACCACGUGCUAUAUCUGUAUUAUCAUGUGAUCUAUCCUUACAUUUUAAUUAACAUUAUGAUUGCAGUGAUACGAUUUGUUGAUUGUUUGUAAUAAAUGAUACAUGUAUAUUUACUUACAAUAUAUAAUGCUAACAUUAUUAAAGAAAAUGAGAAAAA